AUGUUUAUAAGGCGAAGUAAGCAUAGGACUCUCCAGGAAGCUGUUGCAAGUGCCAUGCAAGAAGAAUGUAUUCGAAUGAAUGAAGGAAAUGUGAACAAGGUUAACAAGAGAAAUAAUGUUUAUACAGGGGAAAAAGAAAGGGAUGUUUAUGAACCGAGUUCAAAGAAGAACAAUUAUUCAGAAAGUCCGAUAAACAACAGUAGAUUUCAAAAUAAGAUAUAUAAACAGUGUACCAAUUGUGGAAAAAGAGGACACACAAGAGAGUACUGUUGGAGUAAGACACAUUCAAACAAUCAGAACAUUUCAAAUCAGACGGUACCAGAGAAAGACACCGCCCAGAUUAGCGGUGGUACCGUCCAGCAGUUAAACAACAACCGGUCGGAGCAAUAG